AUGGCUGCUAUAAGCAAUGUGACUGAAAUCAUUUUCUUGGGAUUCUCUCAGAACCGGGAUGCCCAGAAGGUCAUUUCUGUGCUGUUUCUCCUCUUAUACGUGGCCAUCCUCCUGGGUAAUGGUCUCAUUGUGGUGACCAUCAUGGCUGGCAAAGGGCUCACGUCCCCCAUGUAUUUAUUCCUCAGCUACUUGUCCUUUGUGGAGAUCUGCUACUGUUCUGUCACAGCCCCCAAAAUCAUCCUGGACUCUUUUAUGGAGAGGAGAGUCAUUUCCCUCAAGGGCUGCCUCACACAGAUAUUCUUCCUCCAUUUCUUUGGUGGCACCGAGAUCUUUCUCCUGACGGUGAUGGCCUACGACCGCUACGUGGCCAUCUGCACGCCUCUGCACUACCCGGUCGUCAUGAACCGAAGGGUGUGUGGCCGCCUGCUGGGGGCGGCGUGGGGUCCUGACCACUGCUUCUGUGAUGUCCGCCCGCUGCUGAAGCUGGCCUGCUCAGACACCGUCCUCGUCGGCGCGCUAAUCGUCGCCAAUGGCGGCUCCAUCUCCGUGGUCAGCUUCACAGGGCUGCUUGCUUCCUACGUGGUCAUCCUGCGCUCCCUGAGGACGCAGACCUCAGAAGGCCGGCGCAAGGCCCUCUCCACCUGCGCCUCGCACCUUGCGGUCGUGGCCCUGUUCUUCGUUCCUUGCUCCUUUGUCUACAUGAGGCCCUGUAUCACCCUCCCUGUCGACAAAAUAGUCGCUGUGUUUUACACGGUGGUCACACCUCUCUUAAACCCUGUCAUUUACUCAUUCAGGAAUGCUGAAGUGAAAAACGCCCUGAGGAGACUGAUGCGGAGGAAAGGGAGUGGGGAAGAGAAAUAG